GCCUCAGUGACAGAAGCAGCAGCAGUACAGUGCAGUGAGGAGCCAUGACUAUGCAGUCUGAAGCAGGGAGACCCACAUGGAGCAGGCAGAUAGAGUUCACUCUGGCUGGGAUUGGCUGUGCCGUGGGCCUGGGGAACGUAUGGAGGUUCCCUUAUCUUUGCUACAGGAGUGGCGGAGGUGCAUUCCUGGUCCCUUAUCUACUGAUGCUUGUCUUGCUGGGCAUUCCUCUACUGUACAUGGAGCUGACUGUGGGUCAGUACUUAAGGAAGGGGCCCGUCCUCGCCAUGGCCAAGCUUUGCCCUCUGCUGAAAGGCGUGGGCAUGGCUACAGUGGCCAUCUCAUUCAUCAUGAGCACAUAUUACAACGUGAUCAUCACCUGGGCACUGUACUACCUAUUCAGCUCCUUCCAAAGCCAGCUGCCCUGGCAGAGCUGUAACAACACCUGGAACAGACCCAACUGCACCGACUACGCCACCAACAGCUCCUCCACCUCCACUGCCAGCCAGCAGUUCUUCAAUUAUAGGGUGUUGGAGAGAACUACUGGCGUGGAGGAGACUGGUACUCUGAGAUGGGAACUCUUUCUCCUCUUGCUGCUGGCGUGGAUCCUUGUCUACUUGUGUAUCUUUAAAGGGGUCAAGUCUACUGGAAAGGUGGUGUAUUUCACUGCUUUGUUCCCCUAUGUGAUCUUGGUGGCCCUGCUCAUCAACAAUGUCCAGCUUCCUGGAGCCAUCAAAGGUAUCGAGUUCUUCAUCGUGCCUGAGUGGGAGAAGCUGCUGUCUGUGGAGGUGUGGGUAAAUGCAGCUGCUCAGAUCUUUAACUCCAUCGGGAUUGGCUUUGGUUCACUCAUGGCUAUGGCCAGCUACAACUCCUUCAACAACAACGUCUUGAAGGACACCCUGGCUAUAGCCAUCACCAACUCACUGACCAGCAUUCUGGCUGGAUUUGUGAUUUUCUCUGCAUUUGGAUACAUGUCUUACCUUCAGAAUAUCCCAGUCAGUGACAUCGCAGUUGAUGGUCCUGGUCUUGUGUUCGUUGUUUACCCACAGGCCUUUGUGACGAUGCCAGUCGCUCCAAUGUGGGCGGUGUUCUUCUUCUUCAUGCUCCUCUGCCUUGGCCUGGACAGUCAGUUUGCGAUGGUUGAAGUGAUGGUGACCAGUUUGAUGGACAGCUACAGUAAGCCCUUGCUGAGGUUCCUCAGACAGAAGGAGCUGCUGGUUUUGGUUGUAUGCAGUGGUGCUUUUCUCCUGGGCAUCCCGCAUGUCAUGCAGGUUGGUAUUUAUGUGUUCCAGCUGAUGGACCACUACACUGCCAUAGUGUCCAUCAUGUUCCUGGCCUUUUUUGAGGUGGUGGCCAUUUGCUGGUUAUAUGGAGUUAAACGUCUGUCCAGUAAUUUAGAGGAGAUGACUGGAAAAAAGCCCAACAUCUUCUUUAGAGUCUGCUGGAUGGUUAUCUGCCCUGUACUGAUCACAAUAAUUCUAGUGUUCUCAGUGAUUCAGUUCAGACCAGCACGCUAUGAGAGUUACGUGUACCCGGACUGGGCUCAGGGGAUUGGCUGGAUCAUCGCCAUGGCCUCCAUUAUCUGGAUUCCGUUGGCAGCGCUGCACACACUGUGGGUUCUGCCCGGCUCCUUCACAGAGAAACUACGGAAGUCCAUCAGACCCUUCGCUCUGGACGAAGCUGCUCUGAGCCCGUACUACCUCCAGAAGAGAGACGGACUGGGGGAGGUGAUACCUAACGUGGCUGUAAUCAGCUCCAUCAUCCCCCUGCCUGAGAAACCUCCAGUUCAGACCAAUUUAUGACCUUUCCACUUUUAACCUCAGACUUAUUUAUACAGACAUUAAUCCAAAGAAGAUGGAAAUUGAAAGAAAAGAGGUAUAUAUUUUUAAAAGGAUUGCUUCUUAAGUUUCUCUUGACUGACCAGAGGGGGUGGCAUCUGUCUGAAUCCUGCUCAGAUCAAGCACUGACUGUUGCCAUGGUACAAAAAAGGCUUGAGAACAUUGAGAAGACCUUGGCUGACCCAUUGUCCACAAGGAGGAACCGCUGGCAUUCUCAAGCUUCACUGAAAGCAUGUUUUUGCUGAGGAGUUCAUUUCACUCUUUCUACCAGUGGAGAAUUGCCUAGGAUUUUUGUAAAUCUUGAUCAGUUUUUAAAAAAUGAAACACUUGUUGCAUCCAGAAGAAAGGAAUUAACCAAAAGAAUUGAAAAUUGGUGGGAAGUUAUGCCAGACUGUGAUCAAUCUGGUGCGCUAUUCCAACAGAACAAUGCUCGUCCACAUACAGCUGUCGCCUUAAGACACAGAUGCUGCUAAGCGCUGCCGCUAUGAUUAGGAGAUCACCGGUUUGAAUCCGGUUCAUGCAGCUUGCCAUCAGCUGCCGGAGCCCUGAGAGAGCACAAUUCGCCUUGCUCUCUCUGGGUGGGUAGAUGGAGCUCCUUCCCCUAAUAACUCUUAGGCAAAUGUCAAUCAGCACAUGGCAUCUGUGAGCUGAUGUAUCGGAACCGAGUCGCUGCGCUUUCCUCCGAGUGCGCUGUGAUGCUACUUGUCCAGACGCAUCGUUAGACUUAUCUCUGAUGGAAAAUGUUUGAGAUGCUACUAAAUUCGCUACCAACACAAUGACGUCUGGCAUGUUGCAGAGUUACACAAUACUUCUGUAUGUGAAGCUCAAUAAAUACAGUAUAAUCAAAGAUUAUUACCCAUAUCAGUCUAUAGUUUUAAACAUUUAUUGUUCCUGAUUACCUUUACUUUCCAUCCGAAAAGCAUUACAAUCCAACACUUCCUUCUAGGUCUUUUUUUUUGCAACUUUUUCUUUAAAAAUGACUGUAUGUUGUUUGUGUUCUUUAGUGUACAGCAAGAACAUGAUCUGGAGUCGUGUUUCCUAUUAACAUUGUCUUUCCUUUUAAUUUGCAGUAGAAUGUUAUACAAUGUAGGUUUAUAAUACAAUAGUAAUUUACAAAAGUACAUAAUAGAACAGUAGUGGGACACUGCUCAUUUAUUGUUUCUUUAAAAAGCAGGACAAUGAUUUGAAGCACACAAAC